AUGCGGCCCCGGUGCCGGCAGGGCUCGCACCGGCCCCCCCGGCCGCGCCAGCCGCCACAGCCUGGCCAAGCACAGCCCACGCUGCACGUCCCUCCUGUGGUGGCCCGUGGCCCCACGCCAAACACUGCCGCCAGAGCCCGGCGACAGCCGCGGGGCUGGGAGCGGGCGCCCCGAGGCUGCACCAGGACCUCGGAGGAAGUAGCAGACACUCGCGAAGUGCAUUCACUCGGGGCCAGCGGGUGCCCCAGCCCCGGAGUGAGGGUCUCAGCUCACGGAGUGGCCGUGCCUGCCCUGCAGCCGUGGAUCCCGCCUGGAAGUACGGAGCGGGUGGGCAGAGACGCCCGCGGGCACCUGCGAGAACCGGUGGAGGCCCAUCAUCCCUCCGCGCUGUCCCUGGCAGAACUGACGGGGGGUCAGAAAUCAACCCCACAUGUGAUGCGGAGCGGGUACCCGCCCCGCGAAGCCUUGGGAGGCCCGGGGACGGACACGUGGGGUACACGGAUGAGACUAAACUCGGCUCCAGCCCGGGGGCAGCAGAGGCGGGGGGCGCUGGGCAACCCCUCCCCGUGGCUUUCGCCCGGCCACCGCCCGAGCAGCCAGAGCGCAGACCUGUCCGAUGUGCCCAACGGGCCGGGCAGCAGCCCAGGGGAGAGGCAAGAGAGUCCGCCCCCGUGUCCCCCGGGCGCCCGCAGCGGGGUCCCGCCUCUCCCUGCCCAAACAGGGAACCCCAUCCCCGCCGCGGCUCCCAGCGCUUCCCGCCGCCGGGCCGUGCUCGGCACCCCGGGUAUUGCCGAGGGGUGGGCGGCGAAGCGGGUUCCCCCCGUCCCCCCCGCAGUCCCGGUACGAGCCACCGCCGAGGUCCGGGGCCGCCGGCAGGCUGGGGCGGGCGCUGUCGCCCGCCGCCCCGGCCCGCACUCACCGUGCCCGCGGCGGGGACCAUCCCCCGGGCCGCCGCUGCCCCGCAUCUCCUCCGCUCCCCGCCGCCCCCCGCCGCCCGCCGCCGCCGCGCCGGCGGCGGGCGCUGGCGGGGGCCGGCGCUGCCCCGCCGGCACCGACUCCUGCCGCUGCUCCCGGUGCCGUUCCCGCUGUGCCUUGGGGUACGGGUCCCGGUCCCGCUGCGCCUCGCGGUGCGGUGCCGCCGGCGGCGGGCGGACGCACAGUGCGGGGCAGCGACGGCUCCAUCCUGCUGCCGUCGCCGCUACCGGUGUCAAAUUCCAGCCGCCGUCACCUGACCGGCGGGGCGGGCACCGGCACCGAUACCGGGACCCCGAUUCGAACUGGCACCAGAAUACCAGCCGCCAUCCCGACACGCACCGCAGCGGCACCGGGCCUCCGACCCGCACAGGCGCCGAGACUGCCCCGGGAGCAGGACGGCACCGGGAUACCGCCAGCAGCAGGAGCCGCAGCCCGACCCGCUUCAGCACCGGCUCUCGCCGGCACUCGCACCGCCGCCGAGCUCCUGCGGAAACUCGCACCCCGCCGGGAACGGCACCGGGACCCCCGGCGGCACCCGACCCCCGCUACCGCCACCCGCACGCCGGCCGACCCCCGGGCAGGCGGACGGGCAGGUGGUCCCGCAGCCCGGCCGGCCAGACGCCCCGUCAGCGGGGCUCCCUGCCCCGACAGCCCCGUCACAGCGCAGGCAGGACGGGCACACGAACACCCCCGGGGAAGCGUUCAGCCCUUCCCGGAGCGCUCCGGGAGCAGAGCCCCACGGGGACCCCGCGCCCGGCGUCGGAGGGCAGCGCCGCACACAUGGGGACCCGCCGGGGAUGGGGUGGACGGCAGGGUCGCGGCCAUCCCGGCCUCGGUGGGACCGUCCGGCGUCCCACGCACCCCGAGCCGCCGCGGGCCACCCGUGUGCCUGGCGCUCGCGUCCGGCCGCGCCGGAGGAGGAGUCCGGCCUCCCCGCCCGCCCGCGCCCUGCGCUCCGGUCCUCCCCGGCGGGGCCGCCCGCCGCCGGGCUGCUUACCUCUGCCGUCGCCCUGCCUCCCUCCGCCGGGGCCGCCGCUGGCCCCGGGGACAUGGGGGCCGUCUGGCGAGUCGAGCCGAGCCCGUGCGAGUCCUUACGUCACGGCCCGGGGCCCUCCGCGUCCAUCCCGGGGCUCUCGAGUGCUCCUUUGCGAACGUGCCAAAUCCCGGGGCCGCCUCCGCUCAGCCCCGCUUCACACGUGCUCCCCUGGCCGGAGCCGGUCGCCAGGACGCGCCCCGGGCCGGGCGAGCCCCCCGGGGCCUGCCCUCAUGGCCGCGGGGUUGGAGGGCGGCCGGGGGGACUGCGCGGCCCGGGGGUGCCGCGGGCCGUGUCACCUGCCCCGGCCGAGCUCCGCCGCAGCUCCCCGGCCUUACGCAACUCCCCGGCUGGAGCGGGGCCAGCGGCUCGGUCGCCGGCUGUGCCGCGGCUGCACGCCGGGCCCCAGGUGGCCCGUGGGGUCUGCCCCGAGCCCGGGCACCCCGCGUGGCUUUAACCUCCUCCCCGCCGCCCGGCAGCCCGCGCCCCGCGGUCCCGCGGCGGGGGCGGACGGCCGCGCCUGCAGACACCUGCGGAGCCGCCGCCUCGUCUGCGCUCAUCUCCUCGGAUUAUCCAGCGCGGGGGUGACAACUCCCGCGUCCUCCUGCGGCAUCACCUGCUAG